AUGCUUCGACGUGCCGUGCUGUUGCAUCGGUCCGUUCGCGCGCUUCCUCGCCAGCAAGUCGCCGCUCUCGCCCGGAGGCAGAGCUUUUUGAUCGCUCGAAGUAGUGAGCGCGUCGCCCGUCUACAGUCCGCCCCCGACGCCGGUCGCUCCCUAGCGCUACUGUCGCUCUCUGCUCUCGCCCUGGCCUCCGCGUCCUGCGCCCCUAAACUGCCGAUGGAGUCCGCUGACGCCGUGAAGGCGGAGGAGCUGUACAAUGACAACGGCUUCGACCGCCGCGAGCUGCUCGCCAAGCUCAAGGAGAUGCACGCCGCCCACCCGGAAGACGUGGGCGUGAUCUGGCGCCUCACGCGCGCCGCCUACGACGUUUCCAACCUCAAAGCCACCAGCGCCGACGAGAAGAAGGAGCUCACGUACUACGCGCGCGACAUCAUCCACAAGGGCCUUGACCUGACAAAGGACGUGGCGGCAGUGCACAACUGGUACGGCAUCAUCCUGUCAUCUAUCGGAGACUAUGAAGGCUCCAAGGUGUCGAUUGCCAACUCGUACGUGAUCAAGAACCACUGGGAGACGGCGGUGAAGCUCAACCCGACCAACCCCACGACGUACUACCUGUUGGGCCGCUGGUGCAUCGCCAUCGCCGACCUGUCGUGGCUGGAGCGCAAGGCGGCGGCGGUGCUGUUCGGCACCCCGCCCGAGUCGUCGUAUGACGAGGCGCUGAGCUUCCUGCUCAAGUCGGAGGAGCUGGCACCCGACUCGUGGAAGAAGCGCUCGCUGCUCAUCGCGCAGGUCUACCAGAAGAAGAGGGACUACGCCACGGCCAAGGACUGGGUCAACAAGGCGCUGUCCAUCCCUGUGGCCGUCGAAGAGGACGAGAUCGCCCACGAGGAGGCCCAGGCGCUGCUCAAGAAGCUCUAGACGACGGAUCUGUGACUGCACAUCGAGCAGACGCCCAAGGGGUCGUCCUUAGUUUCGAGUACAUUUCGCGGACGUUCGAGUAAAGAGUAAUAUACUCGGACUUUCGAGUAC